AUGCCACGUCUGGAACUUCACAUCGUUAAAGGCGAUGACAUUUCCCAAAACAAAGGCAUGCCCUUGAAGUUGGCACACCUCUUGAACAGCGAGCUCAAGGGAGAAUCCAGAACCGCGUCUCCUCCUUGCAAAGACGGCGAUCAUGGGCUUAUGACACCCCUUCUGAGUGAGAUGUUGUCUCCUCAUAGCGUGAAGAGCGAGGAUGACUCGUCGCCCGCCGGCAUAGCAGCAUUUGCACAAGUUGAGCUUGUGCGAUCUGCAUUCGUGCUGAAGUUCCCUGAUGCCCUGUGGGCAGAUAUCAUGGAGGUGUUGAAUAAAACACAGAUCACUCCAGGCUUGACCAAACCAGAAGUGCAGUUGAUCGUGCACGAGUGGUACCAGCUGCUUCCCAUCAACUACCAACUACUCGAGUAUGAGUGCUUUAUGCGCGAUCGCCGCACUAUCCAUGCCAAGAUUGCCAAUUUGGAGGACUUGUAUGGACAGAAGCGGGGCCAACUAAGUGAAGAUCAUAUCGUGGCCUUUGAAGUCUGCUAUGAGCUGGAAGGUUAUUUGCUUUCGGAUGUUACUAUGCUCUUGCCGGAUGUUCUGCCGGAUGACAUUCAUGCCUUGGUAACUGCGCACUUUCCACACAACCCUAAGUGGCUGUCUCGUGAGCUAGGCUUCAUCAACGCGUGUAUCAAAGUCAAUGAGCCACUUGAGUUCAUUCAGCACAAUCUUGUGUUUAGAAAAGCACUGGAGGUUAAGACACGCUUGCAAGCUUUAAUUCGAAAGGCACAGCGGGAGGAUGCUCCUCCUCCUCCGGCACCAUUGACGGAAGAGGAGAUCUUCCGGAAAGAACGAAUCAAAGAAUUCAUCAAAUCGGAUUUGACCGCCAAUGGUUUAAAGCGUUAUGGCCCAUGGAGAGCUGACAAGUUCAAGAUUCAGGAGAUCCGCGACGUAUUAAAGGAAAUGGGAGGGAGCGAAGCAGUUCCAUUUACAAAGCUCGAAUUGGAACUUGUUCGUGAGAGUCUCAAACAUGAUACACCCAUGGAUGACUUGCUUCAACUGCUUGUAUUCCGUUCGGAGAAGGAGGUUGAGGAGAAGCAAAAGAAAUUGGAGAUUGCAUGCGUUCGUCAGAAGCGCUUCGCUAAUGACGUGGAGAGGUUGAUCUACGAAGCACAAUGGUAUGCUCUGAUGGCUGGAGAAUCCGGGGGUCGCCGUAGGCGCCAUACACGCAACGAGGUGGAGCUCGACGAUUUGCGGAAGCAGGCACUUGUCAAAAAAGAGAAGGUUGUGAAAGAAUUCACGCCCGAGGAGUUGGAGGAGAAGGAGAAAAAAAGAGCAUUGAGGAACCAAAGAAGAGCAGAGACUAUACGGAGAAAAGAAGAAGAAAAGGAGUUGCUCAAGCAGCAAAGACUGACUCGUAUUGUCCGUGUCAGACGUACAAGAAAGGCGCUCAAGGAGAAAAGUUCUAAAGUGUCUGCAUUGAUUGAAGAAGCCAGAUGGUUUCAAAGCGUCACUGGAGAUGGCAAAUACAUCAAAUCUGGAGAAAAGAGAAAGCGCAUUCCAACAUAUCAUUUGAUUCCGGAAUUCCAGAAUAGACAACAGUUGAAGAGCGCGCAGAAAAGAUUGGUGGAGAAGAAAAAACAAAAACAAUCGAAGCAGAGACGUGGAAGACGCUCACAAGAAGAAUCUUCCGAGAGCGAGACCGACUCUGAUGCUGACGAAUUGGAAGAGCUCCAGGAUGCCAUUGACAGUGAUGAAGAUACAAACACUGUCGAAGUAAGUCCUUUCGAUCCAGUCAGUAUUAUGCAUGAUACUCCUGUUCCACUCAAUAGCAGGCAACUUUUCAAUGAAUCCAUUUCUUCUCAUCAAACCGUUCCAAGUCCAAUUAUAUUCAGUGAUGACGUACUGGUUAUGUUGCAGCCAAGUAAUGUGUUGCCUAUUAAUAACGUUGUGGCUGCUAAAGUCAUCAAAGAGAACAUGAAGUCUUAUAAGCGUUUACCUCUGUCAUUUCCUCCUUUCGAAAUUGCCGAAGGUAACGGAAAGACUAAAAUGAACUCAAGAAACAUCUUGCACGUCCGGUACUUGUUAUAUCCACAGCAUACAGAACAAUUCAUUCUCGCCACACCGAAGAGUAAUGAACUCGAUCCAAUCUUUGAGUUGCAGAAGAUCAUUGAGAUUCAUUACGCUUUAUAUUUUUCGCAUUCUCAAAUGCUCAAAGAAGUGUUUUAUGAAGAGUUUUGUGUCAAACUCGUGGCUGCUGUGGAGGAAGAUAAGUUUUCUGAUUUCAUGUAUAUUAUUGACAAGUGGAAUGCAUUAAUGUUGGAACUUUCUCCUUAUGCCAUUGAGGUCGAUCCCCUGAUUGAUAUCAAUGGCAGCUUGAGAGGCUAUUUGCCUAAGUCUUACAAGUUUGAGCCAACAGUUCUGGAUUUAAAACUUGACACAUUUUAUCUCGAAGUACUUAAUGCCGGAGAUUCCAUUCCAGAUCAUGUCAUGAAGCCCAUAUUCACAACUUUCAUGCCACCAUCGGUUCAUCCCGUUCAAGGUUUACCUCCUCAUACACUUCCAACCGAGAGGUUUAUUACUAGGUAUCGCCAUUUGAGACCAGCGACAUAUGCACAAGCAUUCAUCUCGCUGCUUAAUAGAAUGACCGAGCUUUCUCGUUUUGCAGUGCAACAACUUCUUUUGAGGGCAUACACGAGGAUUGUGUCACCCGAUUCAAGAAAACUCAGAUGCUACAAAGCAUUUACUGCUGAAGUGUAUGGAGAGCUCCUUCCAUCGUUUGUCAGUGAAGUGUUGACAAAGGUUGGAUUAAAGCCCGAGGACAAGUUCUAUGAUUUGGGUUCUGGUGUGGGAAACACAACAUUCCAAGCAGCUUUGGAGUUCGGAGUCAAAGAUAGUGGUGGUUGCGAAAUCAUGAAGCAUGCAUCUAAGCUUACAGAGUUGCAAGAAAACUUUAUGCAAAAGCAGUUGAUUGUUCUUGGCUUGAAGCCGUUACCUCUCUCCUUUGCUUUGCAUCAGAGUUUUGUUGAGAACGAAGAAGUGAGAAAAAAGUGUGUUGAUUGUAACAUUCUUAUUGUAAACAACUACUUAUUUGAUUUCCCUUUGAAUGUCGAAGUUGGAAAAUUGCUCUAUGGCUUGAAGCCAGGAUCGAAGAUUAUCUCCUUGAGGAAUUUCAUUCCACCAAGAUACAAGGCUGGUGCUGACAAGACAAUCUUCGAUUAUUUGAAAGUUGAAAAGUUCGAAAUGAGUGAUUACCUAUCUGUCAGUUGGACAGCCAAUAAGGUACCCUACUACAUAUCGACAGUAGGCUCUACGAUUCAACUGGAGUAUUUGUAA